AUGUACUACCAACCUGGCGUGACCGAACACAACCUCCCGUAUAAUCCAGUCAAGGCAUGCAUCGUCCCCCGACCGAUCGGAUGGAUAUCGACUAAAAACAAGCGCGGCCAAGCGAACUUGGCUCCAUACUCGCAGUUCAACAACUUGACGUUUGACCCGCCUUACGUGAUGUUCUCCUCGAACCAAACAGACUCAGGCGAACGCAAGGACACAGUAAUCAACGCCGAGACUACAGGACAGUUUGUUUGGAACCUAGCUACAUGGGACCUACGCCACGCGGUCAAUAUUUCCGCGCAGCCGUUUCCCUACGGCGUGGACGAGUUUGACCACGCCGGCGUGACCAAGGAGCCUGCAACUACUAUAGACGUGCCUAUGGUAGCUGAGUCACCUGUGAAGUUUGAGUGUCGCUAUCACUCUACGGUGCGACUCCCGGGAAACCCCCCGAUGGGGUCGGUAGAUAUAGUAAUUGGGCGGGUGGUCGCGGUGCAUAUUAAAGACGAAGUGAUUACUGAUGGGAGGUUGGAUAUACGUAAAACGCUGCCAAUUGCGCGCUGCGGGUAUUACGAGUAUACAGUGAUUCGGGAGACAUUUGAUAUGGUGAUCCCCGGUAUGGACGGGAAUGCAGAGAAGGGCCAGGAUAUGAGAAAGACCGCUAAGGCGGUGGAAUGA